GCACGGAAAAAGCAAACGCCAGAGAGAAGAGAAGAGAAGAGAGAGAGAGAGAGAGAGAGAGGAUGCUGACGAUGAUGAUGAACACGAAGUGAGAACGAGACGGACGUUCUUGUCGUUGAUCGCUGCUCUCCUCCUUCCCCCCAUCCUAUAAAUAUGGCGACACACCCAGUUGCGUAAAGCCCCUUUAUCGUGUCCGUAACCUCGCCCUCCUCUCCUCGCCAGCUCAUUCCCCCCCUCCCUGUCUCUCUCCUCUUCCAGAGGUGGAGAGAGGACCCGCCUGACCCGCGGGGGCGUGGCAGCGAGAUGGGUCCGACGGGAUCGCUCGCGCCGGCGGCGGCGGUGCUCUGUUUGGCCGUGCUCUGUCUGGCGUCGGUGGCGGCCGCGGAUAACGUGGUGCUGGAGGUGCAACACAGGUUCAAGGGCCGCCGGGGUAGCCUCCUGGGCGCGAUGAGGUCGCACGACGCCCUCCGCCACGGCCGGCUCCUCUCCGCCGUCGAUCUCCCCCUGGGUGGCAACGGCAUUCCCUCCGACACUGGGCUCUACUUUGCGAAAAUUGGAAUUGGGACUCCCUCCAAGGAUUAUUAUGUGCAAGUUGACACGGGAAGCGACACCUUGUGGGUUAACUGCAUUGGCUGCGACAAGUGUCCCACGAAGAGUGAUCUCGGUGUGGAUUUGACUCUUUAUGAUCCAAAAGGCUCGAGUUCAGCAGACCUGAUUACUUGUGAUCAAGAUUUUUGCACUUCUACAUACCAUACCCUCCUUCCUGGUUGCAAGCCUGACUUACUUUGUGAAUAUAAGAUUACUUAUGGAGAUGGAAGCUCAACUACAGGAUACUUUGUUGAGGAUAAUGUACACUUAGAUCAAGUGACCGGGAAUCUCCGAUCAUCACCCAUGAAUUCAAGUGUGAUAUUUGGGUGUGCAGCUAAGCAAUCCGGAGGGCUGGGCACAUCAUCUGAAGCUCUUGAUGGGAUUAUUGGUUUUGGACAAGCAAACUCAUCCAUGCUUUCUCAGCUUGCUUCAUCUGGAAAGGUGAAAAAGGUUUUUGCUCACUGCUUGGAUAGUGUACAUGGUGGUGGAAUAUUUACUAUCGGGGAAGUGGUGGAGCCAAAAGUCAAUACUACUCCAUUGGUGCCUAAUCAGGCACAUUACAAUGUUGUCAUGAAGGCUGUUGAGGUGGGUGGUGAUGUUCUAGAACUUACAAGAAAAAGUAUAUUCGACUCUGGAGAUGAAAGAGGAACAAUAAUUGACAGUGGCACAACAUUGGCCUAUCUUCCAGGGGAUGUUUAUAACCCACUCAUGGAAAAGAUUAUGGCUCAGCAGCCUGGACUGGAAGUACAUACUGUUGAGGAACAAUUUAGUUGUUUCCAGUUUGUUGGAAGUGUUGAUGAUGGAUUUCCGGUGGUAAAGUUUCACUUCGACGGUUCACUUGCUCUGGCGGUUUAUCCUCACGAUUACUUAUUUCAAUAUCAUGAUAAUGUCUGGUGUGUUGGUUUUAUGAGUGGCGACAUGCAAACUAAGGAUGGAAAAGAUAUCACCCUAUUUGGAGAUUUGGUGCUCUCCAAUAAGCUGGUAGUGUAUGAUCUUGAGAACCAAACGAUUGGUUGGGUUGACUACAAUUGUUCCUCACACAUCACAGUGAAAGAUGAAAAGUCUGGAGCAACUUAUGCUGUUGGUGCUCAUGACUUAGGUUCUUGUUCCAAACUUGUCAGCGUAAGAUUAUCAGCAGCCUUGCUGUUGCUAGUCUCGGUGCUGUACACUUUCAUGUUGUAGCAUGAUUAAAAACCUGUUCAGCAUGGGCCAAGAGGUUUAAAAAUAAAAAAAAAGCAAGAAGCCUUGUGCAGCAUUCAUUCCUUUCGUUUUCUUCUUUUUUAAUUGAUGUUAGCGUGAUUGGUUCGAUUUAUCUAGGAACAUAAAGAAGUAAUUUGCUACUUAAAUGCAA